GAAAAUCAUCGGUCAAUUAGAGAUCGCGGAAUUGUUCUAAAAGCGCAUGCUUUAUUUCGCGUAAUUUAUGUAUUAUAAUUUUUUCUAUAUUUCCGUGUGUUUCACCUGUUGUUAUUCUUUCAGAUGACGAUAGAUCGCACAGGUGAAAACCAGGAAGUAGAGGAUUAACCUAGACCUAACCUCACAAAGUUACUUGUGUAAGACGUAUAUCGUUGAAGGUGCUCAGUAUAAUAUUUGCGGAAACACUGAAACUUUUACAAAAUGGUUUCGAAUACCUCAGUUAAAUACAAAAAACUCCGCCAUACUGUUAGUGAACCGGGCGACGAACAAUGGGGCGAAAUAGAAAAUGAGGAGGAGGAAGUGACGGUAUUUUUAUCUUCGUCAUCUACCCCAUACUACAAAUUGAGACGAGGACGGGGAAACCUGUGCUUCCGGCUUUUUGUGGAAGUAUUGUUUCUUGGUGUGGCCUUGACCUUUGUCUUUGGUGAGUGGUAUGGAUUUUGGUCCGGUGACAGUGAUCUGAAGGAUUGCCAAGAUUCUGAUCAUUGUUGGAAAACUCAAAAAAAAGAAGGGUUGGACCACCAUCAUGACAACGACAGUCAUGAAAUAGGAGAGAGUCACAGCCUCCAUAACAACUCCAGCCACCAUAUUCACGAGCACCUUAAGCUUAUGUAUCAUCAUGGUGUCAUCAUCACUGACUCCAUGACCUGCUCUAGGGCUGGCAAGGACAUACUUGAAGAUGGAGGAAAUUUGGUGGAUGCAGGGAUAGCAUCAUUGCUUUGUCUAGGAGUUAUCCAUCCACACACGGCAGGUGUAGGUGGAGUGUUUUCAGGCAUCCUUUACAACCACACAACUGGAAUUUCAAAAGCAAUACAUGUCAAAUUUCAUGGAACAUUAUCAACCACCCACAGCAUCCCAGCCACUUUACAGGGCAUCAGAUAUCUACACUCUCAGUUUGGUGUCUUUCAAUGGCAGAAAUUGUUUGUCAGCGCCAUACAACUUGCAAAGGAUGGAUUCCCCAUAGACAACAGUCUUGCACUUGCUUUAAAAUCAAAUGAAGUAAAAAUAUGUAGUUCAAAACUGUCUGAGCUUUUUUGUCACAGAAAUGGGACAGUGAAGGCCUUGGGUUCUGUUGUCACUAAUCAGAGGUUAUCUGAACUUUUGCAGAGCAUCAGUGUAAAUGACUCCUCUUUGUUAGAAAGUCUUGCCAUGAAAUUGGCUGAAGACCUUCCUUUGACAGAAAGGCAAGAUUUUGUGACAAAUAUGCAGCAGUGUCAAGGAGAGCUCAGCGACCCUUUUAUUCACAGUAAAGAAGAAUAUACUAUUUUUGCAUCUGCUUCAUCACUUGCUGCCAGGAUUAUAUCAAAUUCAAUAAAUGGAAUCAGAGAGCAGAACACAUCGCUGUGGAGUAAUGCUUCUUUCUUCACCAAUCUAUUAAACACAACCAGGUUAAUCUAUAAAAGUGCUGUGGAAAAUGAAAACCUUACGGAUAUAGCUGGCUUAAGUAUGGCGGGUAGCUUUAUUGGCAUAUUAGACAAAGCUGGUAAUAUUUUAGUAAUCUCUUCUUCACUCAACAGUUCUUUUGGAUCAAUGCAACUCUUACCUUCCACUGGAGUCAUUUUGAGCGAUUUUGACAUGCAUCUAGAUCCCCUGGUGUCUCAGUGGAGCUGCCCAUUGCUAAUAAAGUUAAGGGAUGACAAAAGUAUUGAUAAUCGGGAGGAAGAAGAAGACGAACAGCUGAGCAUUUUGGUGACUGGUGGUCUAUCUGCUCCUUUUGUUGCUACCCAGAUUAUCAUUAAUAAGUUAUACUUCGGAAAGCCUGAUCCGCAGGCCAUUACUAGCCCAUUCCUUCAUCCAGAUGUGAAGGGCUCAGAGUCUUUAUUAGCUUGCAUCUCUGCCAGUUUGGAUACUUCUGACAAUUAUAAGCUGUCAAUAGACACAGAAAAUAAGUUGCAUGUUAUAAAUGAAUGCCCUGACAAAUCCCUGGCUCUCGUAAUGCAGAAACAUGUUGGCCAUCUGACAGCCUAUGCAUUUCCUGGAGGUGAAGCUUAUACUGAUGGAUACUGAUGAAUUACACUAAUUAAUACAGGUAGAAUGGAGGAAUGUUGGCUAGGUGUCAUUUGUUGCUGUUAUAUAUGGAUGCUUUUAGACGGUGUUGCUUUUUCAGCUAGCUCAUAUAAAAACAAGGAGGCAAAGGACUUCCUUUGAGAAAGAGCAUUUGGAGGUCCAUUACAGGAUUCAGAGGUCCAUAACAUAAACAUAAAACUCAAUGUUUUUUAUUUACAGUUUGACAUAGAAACAUACUGUAUUACUGAAAUCAAGAAUAUUACACAACAGUAUAAAAACAUUAAAACACUCAAGUGAAAAUUAGAAAAAAAAAUGGUUUGAUCUGAAUGUGGAAAUUUAGUGCAAUGUGCAGUGACACGUAAACAAUUGCUACCUCACAGGAUAUGUCUGGUUUUGGCAGUUAUUAGGUAUUUGAAAAUGAAGCACCCGUUUUAUAUAUUUCUAAAUUUAACUUAGAAAAGCAAAUAAAUUAUAAUACAAAUUAUGAAGCCUGUCCAUGCACUUUAACCUCUGAGGUACUACUGUUUGGAAGCAGGAGAGUGAAUACCUGCCAUAUUUUUAUGAAAUGCUUUAAUGCAAAAAUUCUGAAUUAAUUUUAAACAAAAAUUUCUAAUAGAAAGCUGCAUACCUGCUUUGCUAUUUUAACAACUGAUCUUUGGAUUAUGAAAAAGUAAAUUUCAAAAGGCUUUAACAUUUAGAGAAGAGAUUGAAAUUCAUGCUUUUUUUAAUCUUUUUUGCAUUUUCAUAAACCCACUUGCUCUUUCUGAUUUAAUACUGUUGAAUUACACAUAUGUUCUCAUCUAAAUGGUCUCUUAGUCAUACAAACUGAAUGAAAGCCCCUGUCUGUGUUAGGAUACGUUUGUCUGUUGUGAAUUACUUCCUUACCUGUAAUUGAGUUCCACAUUGGAAAUAAAAGCCAUUUGGUUUGUGAAAUAA